AUGAAGCUGGCGCUAAUUCUCCUCGUCUGCGUCGUGGCCAGCCAAGCUGAUGAUAUAGCAUCGGCUGCUGGCCAGAUCUUCAACAGCAUUCUGCCUAAUCUGAUAAGCAAUUCGGUCACCGGUCAACAAGAAGAAGAGCUACGAAGAAAUGUUACGACAAGUACAAGACUCACUAGUGAUGAAGACCUGCUUCGAGUCAGCGACGAAAUGUUUAACGCGGACGUUAAUAAUGCAUUUAACUACAUCCAGGUCAAUUUGCAAGGCAAAACCAGCCCCAUGUCUAAGAACGAUGAAGCGCAAACACACCUCUUGAACGUGCCAGAGAACGUAUGGAAUGGACCCACCAUCCGACCAUUCGUGGCUCUUUUUGACAAUUAUCACAAAAAUGUCAUACGACCAGAAUUCGUGACACCAAACGAGGAAACAGAGCAGAUAACAUUUAUCAACACUAUACUAGCGACGGGACCUAUGAGGAGUCUAAUGUCUUUCCUCGUCAAUAAAGGACUCAAUCAAAUGAACGAGUAUAAUGAACAAGUGGAAUUAUUGAAGAAGAUCUGGUUCACGAAGUACGCUCGACACUGGACCGGUCUGUGCAAGUGCAGCUGUGCCUUCGAAAACAUCUUCAUGGCAGAACUGAAGUCCAAUGACGUUUUAGGUUUACACAGCUGGUUGUUCUUCGCGAAACGAGAGCUCGACAACAAAGCUAAUUACUUGGGAUACAUUAACAAACUCGACCUUGCUGGAAAAGGGAUGAUUUUGAAACAACACUCAGUUCUUAGUGAAACGAAGGACGCGCCUGAACUUACAAUGUUUGUGGGGACUUCCCCUGAGCUUGAAGUAGCUUUGUACACGCUUUGUUUCAUGUCGAGACCAAACCGUCCUUGUAAACUACGCUACAACGAUAUCCAGUUCAGCAUUCAGACAAAAACAAUUAAGGCUGAAAACCUAGUGGUCAUUGACACCGCGUAUCCCAUUUUUUAA